UGUCAGUCAGGAUUGGUUCACUGGAUCAAUAACUGGUGACGUCAAAUUUUAAACUAGCCUUGGUUGGUUCCCAGGGGUUAUUUCUUGUGUGCAGAAGAGCUUCAAUUUGCGAAAAUAAGCAGCAAACAUCCAGAAGAAUCCACUUUGUGGUUGCUUCUACAGCGUCUUCACAACCGAUCCAGCUGAUGAGUUUCGGCCACCGGAUCCUCGUUCCUCUGGAUCCUUUAUCAGUGGCUUAAACCUGGAAGAUCCACUGUAGAGGAACAGUCAGGAGAAACUCACUGGGCAGAGAAAUGCUGAGGAGAAAGACAAAGAUGAGUCAAAACUCCAUCUCUUGUUCCAUCUGUCUGGAUCCACUGAAGGAUCCGGUGACUAUUCCCUGUGGACACAGCUACUGUAUGAACUGUAUUAAAACCCACUGGGAUGAAGAAGAUCAGAGAAGAAUCUUUACCCUAGAAGUAUAUGCCUGUCCUCAGUGCAAGAAAAUUUUCUUAACUCGGCCUGAUCUGGAAAAAGACAUCAUGUUAGCAGAGUUAGUGGAGGAGCUGAAGAAGACUGGACUCCAAGCUGCUCCAGCUGAUCACUGCUAUGCUGGACCUGAAGAUGUGGCCUGUGAUGUCUGUACUGGGAGGAAGCUGAAAGCCACCAAGUCCUGUCUGGUCUGUCUGGUUUCUUACUGUAAGAUACACCUCCAACAUCACUAUGACGUAGCUCAGUUUAAGAAACACAAGCUGGUGGAGCCCUCCAAGAAUCUCCAGCAACUCGUCUGUUCUCGUCAUGAUGAAGAGUUCAAGAUUUUCUGUCGUACUGAUCAGCAGAGUAUCUGUUAUCUCUGCUUAAUGGAUGAACAUAAAGGUCAUGAGACAGUUCCAGCUGCAGCAGAAAGAGCUGAGAAGCAGAAGGAGCUGGAGGUGAGUCGACAACAAAUCCAGCAGAAAAUCCAGGACGGAGAGAAAGAUGUGAAGCUGCUUCAACAGGAGGUGGAGGCCAUCAAUGGCUCUGCUGAUAAAGCAGUGGAGGACAUUGGGAAGAUCUUCAUUGAGCUGACCCGUCUCAUCCUGAAAAGAAGCUAUGAUGUGAAGCAGCAGAUCAGAUCCCAGCAGGAAACUGAAGUGAGUCGAGUCAAAGAGCUUCAGGAGAAGCUGGAGCAGGAGAUCACUGAGCUGAAGAGGAAAGACGGCGAGCUGGAGCAAAUAGGAGUGUAUCUGGACCACAGAGCAGGUAUUCUGUCUUUCUACAGCGUCUCUAAAACCAGGACUCUCCUCCACAGAGUCCAGACCACAUUCACUCAGCCGCUCUAUGCUGGAAUUCGCUUUUACCAGAACCUGUUUUCAAAUCCUGGUGGAGACUCUGCUGAGUUUGUUAAACCAAAAUGA